GAACCAAAACAUGGCAACCCAUAAACAAUUAUCCUUCCUACUAUUCUCCCUACUAUUCAUCACUUUGUGCAAGUCCUCACAAGCGGUUGGGAUUGCAAUUUAUUGGGGCCAAAGCGGCGAUGAAGGCUCUUUAGCCGACACUUGUGCAACGAAAAAUUAUCAAUAUGUGAACAUAGCUUUUCUAUCCUCAUUUGGUAAUGGCCAAACCCCAGUACUAAACCUAGCUGGGCACUGUAAUCCCAGUGCCAAUGGUUGCACCAGUCAAAGCACCGAUAUCAAAGCUUGCCAAGCUCGUGGCAUCAAAGUCCUCCUUUCUAUUGGCGGCGGUGCCGGAAGCUACUCUCUUUCUUCAGCCGACGAUGCAAAGCAAAUAGCCAACUACCUUUGGAAUAACUUCUUAGGCGGUCAGUCAAAUUCACGUCCCCUAAGUGAUGCGGUUUUGGAUGGCAUUGAUUUUGACAUUGAGGCCAGUUCAGGCUACUGGGAUGAACUCGCUAGGUCACUUAACGGGUUCAGCCAACAGAAAAAGGUGUACUUAGCGGCAGCUCCACAGUGUCCAUUCCCAGACGCUCACCUAGAUGCCGCUAUCAAAACAGGUCUGUUUGAUUAUGUUUGGGUUCAAUUCUACAACAACCCUUCAUGUCAAUACGUCGAUAAUGCUAACAAUCUUUUGAGUGCGUGGAAGACAUGGACCACAGUUCAAGCUAAGCAAGUGUUCUUGGGGUUGCCAGCGGCUGCUGCGGCUGCUCCAAGUGGUGGAUUUAUUCCGGCCGACGUGCUCAAGUCUCAAGUUCUUCCAACCAUUAAGAGUUCACCGAAGUAUGGAGGGGUUAUGCUUUGGAGCAAAUAGUAUGAUAAUGGGUAUAGUUCAGCCAUAAAGGGCAGCGUCUAGCUAGAUCACCACAUGCCCUAAUUAUGAAUAAGUUACACAUGCAUGCCCUGAUGAACAAGUUAUACAUGCAAUUGGGUUUCCCUAUCUAUGUAGUGUAACCUAGCUAGCUAGCCUCUGAAUAAGUUACAGAUCAAUAUAUAGAUGUUUUGCUAUCUUUAUGGAUAUUGUACGUAUUUUUAUGACAACUAUCCUUAAUUUUCGUAC